CCGAACUUCGGACACAUGGUCGUGUUCAGGUCUGCCAGCAGGCAAACCGCACUCACCUGUCUCACUCUGUUCCAGGACACAGGUGUGGGCAAAUCAAGUAUUGUAUGGCGGUUCGUGGAAGACAGCUUUGAUCCGAACAUCAACCCAACUAUAGGGGCAUCCUUUAUGACCAAGACUGUCCAGUACCAAAACGAGCUACAUAAAUUCCUAAUCUGGGAUACAGCUGGACAAGAACGAUUCCGUGCCUUAGCGCCCAUGUACUAUCGAGGGUCGGCUGCAGCUAUAAUUGUUUAUGAUAUCACAAAAGAAGAGACCUUUUCAACAUUAAAGAAUUGGGUAAAGGAGCUUCGACAACACGGUCCACCUAAUAUUGUAGUUGCCAUUGCAGGAAAUAAGUGUGAUCUUAUCGAUGUAAGAGAAGUCAUGGAGAGAGAUGCUAAGGAUUACGCCGACUCCAUCCAUGCGAUUUUUGUAGAGACCAGUGCAAAAAAUGCGAUAAACAUCAAUGAACUCUUUAUAGAAAUUAGUCGAAGAAUUCCAUCCACCGACACCAACCCGCCAUGUGGCGGGAAGGGCUUCAAACUCCGGAGACAGCCUUCAGAGCCCAGGCGAAGCUGCUGCUGACUGAGCCUCAGCCUCAGACUCAGUGAUGAAGUAGGUGGUCCUGAAAGCUAACAGGAGGUCUGGGGGCCCUGCUGCCAGCCUUCGCCUCGCUGGUCUGGGGUCUGCUUCAUGCAAAAAAGAGUCGCAGAAAUUGACCAGUCUGUUUCCUCUUUGAAGACUGUAGCAGUGCGGUUUCAGUCUUCGGACUUGUGUUAUGUAAAGACUCUGGGGGACAAAGGGACUCCAUCACUGGCUUUUGACCUUGUUGAAAAGGAACAUGUAAUUGUAUGGAUCGUAGGAUCCAAUUGUUGAGUCGUUUUGUAAUCAAGAUUUUAUGUAACAUUUGUAAAGGUAAAUGAGCACUUUCAUCAUUCUUGAGGGAAAGAAGACCUCGUGGAGAUUAUAGUUUCCUUGGUUUCACAUUACCACUGUUCUAGGGAGUUGUAUAAUUUAAAAUGUGGUAGCAUCGUUAAGUGGAGGGAUGGCGAUUAUUAUCUGAAGGUAAAAUGGGUUCUUUAUCGGACUGAUGGAAAUGAUUGCAUCCAUCUCUAGAGCAUUUUCCAUUGCAUACAUUAGCCCAGGAUACAUACAGUAAAUUCACAACAACAACAAUAGCCUGCAGCUCAGCCUCCGUUUGCAUUCUGACCCUGUCCUGUAUGUGUCACCAAACUCAUUAUUGGCUCCUGUAAUAAGCUCUAAGAAUCAGGGUAGUGGUGGUGGAGAAGCUGACUGGAGUAAAUCAAAUUGCAUAUGUUUAAACUGACUAACUGGUUUUAAAAGGAGGAAAAAGAAAGUAGUGUAAAUACUGUCAAUUUUUUAUUUAACCCAAAUAUUUUGGUGGGGGAAACAAUUAUCUGUUGCUUAGCCUAUGUAAAGUUGUAGUCCAUAUUUAUGAGACCAUUGCUUAAAAAGUAUAAAUUAUGUAAAUAUGGUAAUAAAUUCUGUGUUUCAUUCCAUUUAAUCUUGCCCCAUCUUGCAUGUGCCAACCCUAUUUUCAGCCUGUCCACAGGAGACUCUUCAAAGCACAUUUAUGUUGUGCGAAAGCAGAGAGCCUUAGCUUAUAAGUCUUCAAAGAUUUCCCUGCCUUUCUUUCCUUCCAUCCCCCUUCCGAAGCCCAUCUGGAAAUCAUAACGUAGACAUAUGCCACUUGGACAAGCCUGACUAGCCCUUCCUAGCCUUGGGGUAAAAAAAGCUCCAAGCUCAGGUCAUUUACCUGGUCUUGGUAAUAAGUUUCUUUUCACUUUUAACAUCGGCCUCAGACCAACUGUUUGAAGAGAGCUUUCCUUGUUAACAAUUUAGCUUAUCUUUCCGGUUCCCUUUUCCCCCCUGCCUCUGUUAGUGGUUAACACUCUUUUCCCUCAGGGAGCCUAAUGAGGUUUUUAAUAUAAUCUAAAAAUAAAGCACUGAAGUGAAGUUGGUGAAAAUUUGUCCCUGGUCUAAUUUGGCACCCUUCCAACUUGAGUAUUGUAAGGGAAGGAAAUUUACAAGAUUAUAUAGGAAAUGAAACAGCUUGAAUUUCAAACUAAAUUGUGUUUUCAGAGCUCUCCUUAAACUGAACAGUCAAAACUUUUAAAAAUAAUUGUUAUUUCUUUGUGCACCCCACUUGAUAUGGGUAGAUUUUAAUGAGAAAAUUAUAACUCAAAUGAAGUACAAAACGAUUCCCUUCUCCCUGGUGAAUAUCUCAAGCAUUUGAAAUUGCUUGUUUUUUAUUAAAAUCCGAUAGAAGGAAUGUAGUUAGUGAAAAUUCUAACAUCGUUUUAUUUAAAAUACAUGUAGACUCUAUAGGCGCCCCCCCGCCCCUCACCUACCCCGCCCCAGCAUCUUGCUUUCAGAGAAAACAAAUAAUUGUAAAGACUGGGCUUAUACUGGUACAUCCAGGUGGGUGGGCGUACUUGGCCACUGCCCUGGUCCAUCCCCAGCAUUCCCACUCUGGGCCUCUGUCUCCACGACAACAAAAUAAAAACAAAGGUUGCUUGACUUCUUCCCGAAGAGGCAAUGCUUGUGUGGCCCCUUCUUUCCUAUUUUACCAAAAGAUGGUGCAAAUCUGUGACCUUCACAAUAUUGCCACCAAACCUGUCAUUUAGUGUUUACGAUUUCAUGGUGUCUGAGUGCACAGGGAAAAACAAAGUGCUUGCUUGCUUCACCUUACUGGUGCAGUGAGUAAAUGCCUCUGAUCCUGUUUUGACCUUGACUGUCUUCAGCCCCAAACGGGUCCAUCCCGGUAGCCCUGCAGCGGUUCUCUGCCAUUUCUCAGACACCUUCCAGCAUGUAGAGAGGGAUUCUCUUUGACUGUAGCCACAUGUUUUAUGCACAGAAUGAAUGGCGUAUGGCAUGUGCAGCACUAGCCACUAUUCUUCACGCGUUUCUGGGCCUCUCCUCCCCUCACUUCCAUCAGUCAUCUCAGAAAUUGACCUGGCACCAUUCUUGUGCAAUAUCUUUUUAAUCCUUAACAACAGCAACAGAUUGCUCUCUCAGAUCCACAAUUCACACACAAUGAAACGGAGAAAAGGGUUUUCAUUUAUUUUGUUUGCUUAUGAAAUGCAAAGAUGAAUAUUAAAGUCAGAAGCAGUGUUUCAUUUUGAACACACUUUGGAUGUUAACCUGACUGAGCAAUGAUCUGAUACACAUUUCAUACAUUCUUUGUUCUUAUUUCUUAAGAGAAAAGGCCAAAUUUCAAAGGAAUUGAGGUCUAAUCCAUCCAUAAAAAUCUUUUGGUUCCCUUAUGACACAGGGCAUUUUUUAAAAAACUUUAGGGACUGAAAAGAGAAAAAUCAUUAAUUAGCUGCAAGUGUAUAUUGAUUCCUCUCAGAGAAAUUGAAAUAAGCUCUUCGCAGGUGUCUAAUCCUACUCACCAUUGGUCUCCAGAAGUCUCCUUCCACAUAAGUGUUUUUCUGAUCCUCUGAUAACUAAUUAACUAUCAUUUGGUGAUUAAAAGAACAAAGUAAGAGUAUGAUCAAGUGCCCUUCAUUUCAAUUUCUCUUUAAGAAGUGAUUGGGGAGAAGUACCUGGAUACAGGCCCUUCAGUUUCCAAAUGAACCCUCCAUCACCUGCUUCUCAGCCACAGGCAGGAUAAGUUCCACACAUAGCAACAGGAAGAUUUAGUUCCUUUAGAAUAACAUACUUCUGUGCUGCCCAUGUAUGAUUAUGUUUGAAGUGCCUGCCUCCCCCAGUUUGAAAGGGUCAAGUCUUUUGCCUGAGAAGCUUGAUCUCUUCUAAGUGGGCUGGGGUCCUCCUUGAGGUCAUCAAUUAUCAUUAUUUUUAAAUGUAUAAAGAAAAUCACAUUUAAUUUCUCUGCUUCUCUUUAAGUCUUGUAUUCUUUUCGGUCCUCAAGAAGGAAAGCAGGUUCUAGGAGGCCUUCUAAAUUAAACGGGAAGCUACAGUAAUGAAAAUGUCCAUUAGAGAACCAUUCCCUGGCCUCCCUGGGGACAUGGAACCAGAAGGCCUGCACUUCUCGAGCUGUGUCAGCAAGGGCAGGUCUGAUGCAGAUGGCGAGGCACUAAUUGGCAGGUCAGCCUCAGAGCUUGAAAAGGUAUUUCUUCAUGGUCAUGGGCAUCUGUAAUAGUCUGAGAAUGAAUGGCAAAAGAGGUUGUAUUAAUUCUUAUAAGCAUUUUUCACUUGUUUUAAAACUGAAAACAUGAUCCACGGCCCUUUGGUGUGUAAGAUAGAGGCACAGAGUAUAUUACGUGCACAACAGAUGUGUUUGCAGGAACCUGCAUAGUAAUGAGAGAAUCCUUUCUUUCUGGGGGAAUGUUGCUGGAAGUCCCUUAACUCUGAUCUACUUUAGAACAUUGGGUGGAAAUGACAACACCCAGACUCAGGCUGUCUUCCCUCUCCAAACUCACUUGGCUGUAAAUAUUCCUCCUAACCCUCUAGUAAAAACUAAAAGACAAUAUUGAGCCAGAUAGUGUAGCCCUGUCAACAAUCUUUGUUAUUUACAUUUGUCUUAGAAGGACUAGCAGCAUGACUUCUGUUAAUUAGUCACUCCAAGAGGUGGUCUACCUCUUGACAGUUCAUAUUUUUUAAUGGAAGAAGUGGAGUGUACCUUUAAGGAUCAAGUUGUUACUGCAUACCUGACUUCAAUUAGCAUGGUCCAUCAACAAUUUUAAAAUGAUGCAAGGUAAGGUAUAGGAGAAAAAUAGUCUAACAAUGAUUCUUCCAGGAGAUGGACCUUAUACUCUGUAGUUUUAGAAGAGGGAGGUGGGGUGGGAUUCAGCCCCGAACUGAAAGAAACAGCCUUUGCCAAUUUCUCUUGACAGCAGAGUUACUGGUCUUGACUUCCAGUAAUAGAAAUCCAGACAAUUUGAUUAUCUGAUUUGCAAGAAACAUUAAUGGAAUGCUGGGGCAUUUGUCCUGUUCUUUGUGCAAAUGAAAUUCUAAAAAAAUAUUAGGAGGGUGUUACAUUUCUCAGUUGCCUCCACUUUUUCAAUCCAAGGGAAUGAUAAGUGAGAGAUCUGUAGUGAUGAAGUUUCAUUAGACGUAAUGAAGAAAGUGAAAAAAUAGAACCAAGAAUGUCCAUAUUUCUCAGUUUGUCCUUCAGAAUUCUUUUCUUAGCAUAUAGGAAAAUGAUUUACUUCCCAAAUCAAGAAGGGCUUCUACUAGCAUAGAUCAACUUUAAUUUGAGGGUCUGUACCAUCAGGAAUAACUAAUAUCUAUGUUCUUUCUUUAUAGAGUAUAAUCAAUUAUAGAUAUGCUGGAAUAUUUGGGUCUUCCAAACAAAAGGAUUCAGAAGUUUAAUGAAAAGAAAAACCUUUCAUCUUUUCCUUUGAUUACAUUGAACAUUUUAGAUAGUAAUAUUAGGAUGUGUCAUUAGUAGAUACUGAAUUAAAAUCAUAGAGCCUUAAAUUUAACAAGAAAAUGUUUUCAUUUAUUGCCAGUUCAUUUUCGGAUCUGCAUGGUGCCCAGUUCCUCAUCAAAAUGCUUCAUAAUUGAAACAAACAAAAUUCAAGAUAACCUUCCCUGAACAGGAAUUCAAUUGCCAAGAAUUCAGCCAAUUAAUGGCAAAUCCUAAGACAGCAAUGAUUUUUUUUGAAAGCGCCUCUUUUAAUUGGCAGUUUUAAAUGGUAGACUUUAAUGUUCUUAAUCAUGCAACAGAAAUAAAACAUGCCAGUCUUCAUGCCACGUCUUAAUUUAGGAACUUUUCAGUGCUUCCAGAGCAAAUUAUUUACUAUCAGUGCUCCUUUAGAGAAAGUCAUUUUUAAAGUAGCAUUCCGCACAUAGGGCCAUUUAUCUUUACUCAGAGCUGAAAUUGUCCCCCAAAGCCAUGUCAUGUUGUAGAAAUGGCCAGGAGCGUAGGGCCGUCCCAGGUGGACAGGCAGCGCACCUCUACUUGGAACAUUUUCAGCCCACAGCAGUGAUGACUUCACUUUGGGGCUUCAUCUUAAUCUCGUUUGUCCUUUAUGAAUAUUUUCAUUAAAUUUACCCUGGAAUAAUCAAGUUUACUCCCUGAGAAAUUUCAAAAACAGGGUUUGAAUUUGUGUACCUGCUUUUACUUUACGUAUGAGGUUAUGACAUAAUUGAUGAAACUUUUCCUUAAUAUGGAUCAUACCCAUGAUGUCAGAGCGACUGGUCGAUUCAGUGCAGGAAAAAUUAUGGGUAGCUAGCCAGUCAGAGCAGCUGAUUGGUAGCUCUGUUUUUAAACCAUUUGUCGUGUUGUGUGGACAGAGCUUUAUUGCUCUGGGAAAGAUUUUCUUUUUCACUCUCCUCCAGCUCCGUCUUUCUAUCAUCUCACUUUAUGAGUCACUCACGUAGUUGUCAAUCAUGCCUCUGACCUUCUUAAGAAUUGAUGUCUCGCCUUCUCUGUGAUCGAAGCGGACUGCUUACCUUAUUUCUCUUCUUCUCAUUUUGCAGUGGGCCGUCCCUUAAAGUCACAGGGCACCAUCCACCUCCUUAGUGCACGCGACAGUUCUGUGCUGCCUCCCACAAGCACUGUAGGGCUUGCUCUCCACAUCCAACAAGAGAGGCAAGACACCACCAGUGCCGUCAGAAAACAAGGCUAAUUUUAGGUGAAGAACUCCCAUAUUUUGAGAGAGGCAGUGGGCAGCACUAACUUAAGUGGCAACAUGACUUGAGUGACAAAAUGUUUUCUAGCACUGGUGAUGAGAUAGUGUGAGUGUCAGAACUUCGCUUAGUGUGUAAUAGAGCAUUUGUCAACGGAUGUGACAAUCCAAGUCCAGUCUUGAAGGGAAGCGGAUAUAGAGUGUGGAAGUGAGCCUAGACGUUAAUUUUUUUAAAAGCUAAGCCCUCAUACCAGCAAUUCUUAUUUCUCCUAACAAUGUCAUGCCUUUUUAAGACCCGAUGCAAGGAGUAAGAUACUUGUGCCUUUUAUAAUAACAUCUAUUAUGAAAAAAAUUAGAUGAAUUUGCUUCCAGUUUAGGCCGCUUGGUAGCACUAUAAACAGCCCAGAUUUAUAACCGUGGCUUCCCUGCAUGACGCAUUGCUUGAUUACCUGUGAUGAACUAUUGUAAUGAUGACUUGCCAAGCUUAUAUGGAUGUUUAAAGACUUUAUUUUUGCAGUCUUAACCUUGGGCUGGACCUGAGUCUAUAGGUAAACCAUAUGAUAUCUGUGCUGUUGUAGAUGCUAACAAAAGGAAACUAGAUCUUUGGAUUUUUGUUGUAAGAUUUUUCUGUUUUUACUUAGCCAGUGGUAGAUAGUUUGCAGAUGGUGGUUGAUUUGGCACACUUUUAAACUAUAUUGUUUUAGCUUGAAUAUUAUAUCAUCAACUUUUAUAGAGGAUAACGUGCUAAAUCACAACAAAAUUUGUUGUAUUGUAAGAAGGUUGUAAACAUUUUCUUAAUAAAAUACUAUGUUUAUAAAUA